UCAGUUGACUAGACGGCUCUGAAAGACUUACCAGGAAAAACGAAAGUCAGAGAACAGAAGAGAAGAGCCAUGGAGAUGCAAGCAAUCACCACAGAGGGUGCGAAGAAACAGCGUGAUGUGGAACCAAUGCUGGAUGAACAACCUGCAGUGCUGAAGGAUGCAGAUCCAUUUCCAUACUCUAAACUCCAACGCCCAUCCGAGGACAUCUAUACACAACCUUCUUUAUGCGAUGUAACAAAAUCAGGCAUUCAGUGUGCCACUGUGGGAACCUUUCGCAUGUACCGUAUUGCAUGUUUGGUCCUCUCAAUAAUCUGCCUGCUCCUGCUGAUGGUCAUCAUUAUCCUCGGUGUGAAAUUCCAACAUGGAUCCACAGAAUGCUCCGUGAAUGAGAAAUUUGUAUCAGACAAGCAAGCUCUAUCAACUUGCUCUUACAGCCAGUGCCAGGAUUACGUCUCCAAGAGCGUCCCCCCCUAUCGCGAGUGCAAACAGUGCGCAGAUGGGUGGCUGACUCUCGGCCGAUCGUGUUUCUUCCUGUCCACCACCAGGCUGAGCUGGGAGCAGAGCCAGAGGAACUGCAGCACUCGAGGAGGAUCUCUGGCUGUUAUUAGCAGCCAGGAGAUUCAGGACUUUCUGACCCAGAAGGGGAAAAUGAAGUAUUGGAUCGGACUGAGGAAGGCAAACGACGCAUGGACCUGGGUCAACAACACCGCGCUGCAAACCAGCUAUUGGGCUGAAGAUCCACAGCAGGGGGAUUGUGCAGUCAUCAACAGUGACAGCGCUAUUCAGAAGAACUGGGUCAGAGCUUCCUGUAACUCCUACACCUACUUCAUCUGCCAGCUGCAGAUGUGAAAGCAUCUGUCUGUUUUAACAGAAUGAUGAGCAAAUCAUACAACAAAUCAUCAAACUACUCAAUAACAUGGCAAAUCAUCUAUAUAUCCACUUCAACGCCUCAAUCAGUAGUACACAGCAAAGGCAUACAAGUAUCUUUCAGAUUAUAGUUUUAUAUUCAGCACUUUGGUAGAUUUGGCAGAUUUUGGGUUAUUUUCAUGUAGCCCUGUGUUGGCUACUUUGUAUUCUAACAUGACAGUUGUGCAUUUGGGCAGCUUAGAAGCAUCAAUCAGAAUAACUCUUUUAUAUACUGUAUGAUUACUUACACUGUUGUUGACAUAAUCCACAAAUAAAGGCCAGUACACUUG